UCAAACCAAUCACACGCAUGCAUUAAUGGUUUAAAUGUGAUCAUUGUAGGUGGUUGAAGUCUAUUGCCAAAUGCUCCAGCUGAAACAAAAGCGUAGAGGAACCAAAUUUUUCUUUCCGCCUUCGAUUGGGAUUGAACUUUCCAAGAUACCUUCAAAAGUGGUUGAUAGGAAAGGUAAAAUACAAGCAGUUUGGAACAAGUAUAAAAGGAUAAGGAAUGUCGAUGAUAACAAAGUUUGCCAAUUCAAUAUGCUUUUCUUUCCAAUACUUGUAAAUGAGAAACAUUGGUGCUUGUAUGUCUUUAACAUUUGCGAUAGUCGUAUGGAUGUGUUGGAUUCAAUGAAGCAAUGUUCGCAUGAUAAGCGUACUCCAGACAAGAUGUCAAAAGAUUUGGUAAACGCUUAUUACAUAUGA